UUCAUCUUCCUGUUCUUCCUUUUGUAAGCGAGACAAGUAGAGAUACUAAUAAGGUUUAAGGAGUCCGAUUGGGUUUUUAGCAUUCGGCGAAUAAGUUGAUGGAGACUACUGUAGAGAAGAAAGAAGCCGAUAACAAGGGCUUGAAUGCUCUGCAAGUGGUCGAUCCCUCUGCCUCUGCUGAUAAAGAAGCCGAAGAGCGUGAAAGGCAAGUCCGCGAGCUCAAAAGCGGUUUGCAUCCAUUGAAGCACAAGUUUGCAUUUUGGUACACUCGUAGAACACCUGGUGUUAGGUCACAAGCAUAUGAGGACAAUAUAAAGAAAAUUGUGGAGUUUAGUACGGUUGAAGGAUUUUGGGUCUGCUACUGCCAUCUGGCCCGUCCUUCUUCUUUGCCAAGUCCAACAGAUUUACAUCUUUUCAAGGAAGGGAUUCGCCCUCUGUGGGAGGAUGCUGCCAAUUGUAAUGGUGGAAAGUGGAUAAUACGAUUCAGAAAGGUUGUCUCAGGCCGAUUUUGGGAGGAUCUGGUAAGAAAACACGCUGAUUUAUCUAGGCUUAUUUUACCUAUGUUACAUGUGUAUAUGUGGUAUAUUUUGCAACUUGCUUUUAAAACUCUCUUAUUAUUAUUUGGUCUUCAAGAUUGUUUGUUUCCUUCUAUUGCUUUGCCAAUUGCCACUCUUAAAAUCCACGGUAUCACAAUACGAUGUCAUGCUGCAUUCACUUUAGACCAUUAUAGGAACAUUUUGGCCAAGGAAAUAACUGCUUAGUUGGAUAAUUUUAACAGGUGAUUUGAUGCUUCGGUGGCUACAUUUCCUCAGCAAUAUGUUUCUUUUAGUAAUAUGUGGCAGGGCUAAUCCUCCAUUCAUUUCAUGGGCAACUCUCAU